AUGGGUGAAGGAAGUACCCACAUCACUCACCCUCCAAAUGGAAUCAACUUUGAGCAACUGCAAAACAGAACAAAUCAAACUACCAUUGCCAAAUUCAUUCUUCUUGGAUUGGUUGAUCAUUACCCAGAACUGCAGCCUCUUCUCUUCCUGGCUUUCCUAGCAAUCUACUUUAUUACCAUGGCUGGGAAUCUCCUCCUUGUUGUGCUAGUUCUGGCUGAUCUUCACCUCCACACUCCCAUGUACUUCUUCCUAGGGAACCUGUCUUGCUUGGAGAUCUGUUACACAUCAACCAUUCUUCCCCGGAUGCUUUUCAGUCUUCUAACAGGAGAGAGAUCCAUUUCUGCUAAUGGCUGCAUUGCACAAUACUAUUUCUUUGGUUCCUUAGCAUCUACUGAAUGCUAUCUCCUGGCUGUGAUGUCGUACGAUCGAUAUUUAGCCAUCUGCAAGCCACUGCGCUACACCUCUCUCAUGAAUGGUAGGCUCUGCCUAUGGCUUAUUUGUGGCUCCUGGAUAAGUGGUUUUCUAAGUAACACCAUCAUAACCUCUCUAGAGUUGCAGCUAUCAUUCUGUGGCCCCAACGAAAUUGACCAUUUCUUUUGCGAUCUGGCCCCAGUGCUGAAGCUUUCCUGUAGUGACACCCAUGUGGUGGAACUUGCAACCCUCAUCCUGGCAUCCAUGGAUACCAUACCCCCAUUUCUACUUACCUUGAUCUCAUACGUGCUUAUCAUCAUCAAUAUCCUCCAGAUCCAAUCCAAAGGCAUGAGGCAAAAAGCCUUCUCCACUUGUUCUUCCCAUCUCAUUGUAGUGACCCUCUUCUUUGGGUCUCUCAUCAGCGUCUACAUGGCUCCCACAACUGACAUACUGAAGGAACUUCAUCAAUACUUCUCUCUCUUUUAUACAGUCUUAACCCCCAUGGUCAAUCCCCUCAUAUACAGCCUGAGAAAUAGAGAUGUCAAGGAGGCCCUAUACAGAACUGUCAGAAAAGCUAUCGGUUUGGCUCAGUUACCUUAACCUUUACUGGGUGGCUUUUUAUGUCUGU